UGGGAAAGGCAGGAGGCAGCCACGGGUGUGGGUUGUGAAACCUUCAGCCAGGAAAUGGGAACUGAGAGUGGAUAAACUCCAUGCUCCAGGUGCAGCUCCCAAACCAAGGUGUGAGUUUGCAGGCCUGGUUUUGGCUGGAAAUGGGAAAAGUGGCCCAAAAUAAUCAUCUGGAGGAUGGGAAUGGCAGAUGGGCAGCGGGAGCUGCGCUGGGCUUGCAGUGGAUGAGCGGCUCACUCGAGUUUGAGGGGAAAAAAAAGCACCCAAAUCUAAUAAUAAUAAUGAUAAUAAUAAUAAUAACUGUCCUCUCAAGGGCUUGGGUGCUCUCCAGGCCUCGCUGCUAUGAAACUAAAAUUAGUUUUGUUGCAGUAAGAAAAAAGGAAUGGAAGCAGAGCAGGGAAGGUGGUGUGGAAGCAGUGCAGGACCUGAUGCUGCAGAGGAGGAUUUGGAGCAGGAGCUGCCUCUGCUCAGUGUUUGCACCCUGCUUUGGGACAGUUUUUGGCAGAAUCCAGGGAUUUAGGGUGCACCAGGCCCAAGGGAGCCUCCUCUUGCCAGGGUGGUGGUGGGAGCAGCAGGAAGACCAGGGGACAAGGGAGCAGCAGCUCAUGCUGGGACAUCUCCCAUCUGCCAAAAUCCCCCAUUCCCAGCCCAAACCCAGCUUGGAGCCCCCAAAACCAGGAGGAAAACCUGACUCAAUGCAAUGGUGUGUUAAAACAAGGAGGAAUAGCUUAAAUCCAUCAUUUUUUGUAUUUUUUUUGUUUUUAAUUUCCCCCUGCUGGCAGUGCAGCUCCAGCCCGUGUGUGGAGGGGAUGUCCCCCAUCUGCCUCCCGCUGCUCCUGCUGGGUUUUUUUGGGAACAGCUGGGAUUUGCAGCCACCAAACUCCCCGAUGGGGCGAGCUGGGGCAUUGUGGUGUGGCUGGCCAAAAGGAUGGAUUCUGCUUCCAUGUCUUUGUCAGGGCUCCUCCUCCCCGUGGAGCUCCUCCAGCUGUCCCGGUGCCAUCCUGCUGCCAGCCGGGCCUGGAAAUGUGGUUUCAAUGAAAGGCUGAGGUUUCCCUAAUGCUUUCCAUUUCUCCAGCCCCCUCUGCUGUAAUAGGAGCUGGAGCUGCCCGGAAGAAUGUCUACAAUGCAAAAAAAAAAAAAAAAAAAAAAAAAAAGAAAAAAAAGAAAAAAAAUUCCCUCCUCAAAGCCCCAGCAGAAUCUCAUCUGGCUCCUUCCUCAGCAUCCCAUGUGCUGGUUAAUAUUAAUAUUAAUGAUGAUAAUAAUAACCAGCGUGCAACAGCUGUUGAGGGGAUUUUGGGGUUGGGUUUUUGUCUGUCUGGGGCUACAGCUCCUCCCGGGAGAGGGUUUGAAGAGCAGGAGGUUUGGGAACACGGGGAGGUGUUUAAAUUGAUCCUGGUGGUUGUGACAGGGCAAAAAUCCCAGGGUUGGGAUUUUUUAUCUCCCAGCCCUGGGAUCUCCAGGGGGUUUUCCAUCAGGUCUUGGGAUCAGACCCACACAUCCCACAAAUCCCUCGGGAUUCCUUUGGCUCCCAGGGGUUUGGGAUCCACGGGGGGGAAAUUGGGGGAAAUUUCAUCGUCGUUUCCAGCCGAUGGAAGCGCUGGCAGAGGGAAUGUUCUGGGUUUGAGCAGCUCCAGGAUCCUGCUGGGGAGAAAGGAUUUUCCCAGUUUAUGGAGAGAAAUGAUGUUUUGGUGGGAAGCAGGAUUGUAAAUUG